AAACUCUGAAGAUGAACAAGUUCGUUGCUUUGCUGGUUGCGGCCCUGGCCUGCCUGGCCUUGGUUUCGGCUCAGUGUCCGCCAAUCCGGACCCGCUCCAUGUGGGGAGCUCGGGCUGCCAACACUGCCUGGCUUCCGAUCCAACCGGCUCCAUGGAUCGUGGUGCACCACACUGCUGGAUCAACUUGCAACUCCCAGGCCACUUGCGAUACCCAAAUGCGAAACAUCCAAAACUUCCACAUGAACACCAACGGAUGGGCCGACAUCGGAUACAACUUCUGCAUCGGUCACGGAAUUGUCUACGAAGGUCGCGGUUGGUCUCGUCAGGGAGCUCACGCUCCAGGAUUCAACGAUCGCUCCCUUGGUCUGUGCUUCCUGGGAACCUUCGAUACCGUGCUGCCUGUUCAGGCUUCCCUCAACAUUGCCCAUCAGUUCAUCUCCUGUGCCGUUUCGCUAGGACAUGUUGCCAGCAACUACUGGGUUAUCGGACACCGUCAGGCCAUUGCAACUUCCUGCCCCGGAAAUGCUUUGUUCAACAAUGUCCGCACCUGGCCGCGAUUCAACCCGAUCUAAACGAUGUGCUUCAGCUUACCGGAUGAGUGUUUA